UCGCUUCAGACAACUCCACGCAGCAUUUCGGUGGAUGCCGUGGACAGCUGUUUACUCGGUUUGUGAGCCGUUUAUUUCGGAAGGCGGGCACAGGGCCUCGACACCGGCACCAUGGUUUUAGCCGACUUGGGCCGCAAGAUCACCAACGCGUUGCGGUCCUUAAGCAAUGCGACCAUCAUCAACAAAGAGGUUCUAGAUUCUAUGCUAAAGGAGAUAUGCACGGCGCUUCUAGAAGCUGAUAUCAAUAUCAAGCUCGUUAAGCAGCUCAGAGAAAAUGUCAGAUCUGUCAUCGACAUCGAUGAGAUGGCAGCCGGGUUGAACAAGCGGCGGAUGAUCCAGUCUGCCGUGUUCAAGGAGCUCAUCAGGUUGGUGGACCCCAGUGUCAAGGCAUGGCAGCCGACAAAAGGCAAAAACAACGUCAUCAUGUUCGUCGGCCUCCAAGGCAGUGGCAAGACCACGACGUGCACAAAGCUGGCCUAUUACUACCUGAAGAAAGGCUGGAAGACGUGCUUGGUCUGUGCCGACACUUUCCGAGCCGGUGCGUUCGACCAGUUGAAACAGAAUGCGACCAAGGCGAGGAUACCCUUUUACGGAAGUUACACAGAGGUCGAUCCGGUGGUGAUAGCUCAGGAAGGCGUGGAGAAGUUCAAGAACGAGGGUUUCGAAAUCAUCGUCGUCGACACGAGCGGGAGGCACAAGCAGGAAGACUCGCUAUUCGAGGAGAUGUUGCAAGUGUCCAACGCCACCAAACCCGACAACAUCAUCUUCGUAAUGGACGCAUCGAUUGGUCAAGCCUGUGAGGCGCAGGCACGUGCCUUCAAAGAGAAAGUGGACGUUGGGGCUGUCAUCGUCACAAAGCUUGAUGGCCAUGCGAAAGGUGGAGGAGCUCUCAGCGCGGUGGCAGCAACGCAUAGUCCAAUCAUCUUCAUAGGUACCGGGGAACACAUAGACGACUUUGAGCCCUUCAAGGUCAAGCCUUUCAUCAGCAAACUCUUAGGCAUGGGUGACAUUGAGGGCCUCAUCGACAAGGUCAAUGAGCUGAAGCUCGAUGACAACGAGGAACUAAUUGAGAAGCUCAAGCAUGGCGAGUUCACACUGCGUGACAUGUACGAGCAGUUCCAGAACAUCAUGAAGAUGGGACCCUUCAGCCAGAUCAUGGGCAUGAUUCCAGGCUUCAGCAGCGACUUCAUGACAAAAGGCAAUGAGCAGGAGUCCAUGGGAAGGCUAAAAAAGCUUAUGACCAUCAUGGACAGCAUGAACGACCAAGAGCUGGAUCACCGGGAAGGGGCCAAGCUGUUCUCACGGCAGACGGGUCGGGUCACAAGGGUCGCCCGGGGCGCCGGUGUCACCACUCGCGAGGUGCAGGAGCUCCUCGCGCAGUACACCAAGUUUGCCGCCAUGGUGAAGAAGAUGGGCGGCAUCAAGGGCCUCUUCAAGGGCGGCGACAUGGCAAAGAAUGUGAACCAGGCCCAGAUGAACAAGCUGAACCAGCAGAUGGCAAAGAUGAUGGAUCCACGGGUCUUGCAUCAAAUGGGUGGCUUCUCCGGUCUGCAGAACAUGAUGCGGCAACUCCAAGGUGCUGCUAGUGGGAACGCUAACAACCUCAUGAACAUGGGAAAAUGAGCUGCCAUGACCCCGGUGUAUGACAGCCCCUUUUAUAUAAGAAACGCGGCAAGCAUGUGAGAUCAACAUCGAGAAGCCCCGGAACGCGGUGCAGCCACGCCCACGUCGCCUGUUGCCCGCUCGCAAACGAUUUUUUGUGCCACCCCAGCCCCCUCCUUUCUUAUUUUCCCCUCUCGCUCUCUUCAAAUUGUGCCACUUCACAAAAACUGUGUCGCAACAGAUAUAUCCGAACUUUAGAGACUCUUGUGCAUAGUCGAGCCCAUUCACAGUUCUUCACAAACGUUUUUGCAGUGUCACGUUCUCUCAGCACGGUUGUGUCACUGUUUAGAUGGUCAUCACAGGCGAGAAACAUGUUUGUACCUUUGCGCUUUCCAAUCGCUCGCACGGCGUGGUCUAGGACAAACGUUGCAAUCAGUUCGCAAAUGCGCACGUUCUUUCUCCUUUUCUUUGUUUCCUUUCUUGCGCAACUCGCGAGUGCCACGGGAACAGAUAUACAGUUUCGCUGAGUGCAUGCAGGAUGAUGCCAUGGAACAUUGUACAGCGUGACGACCGCAUUUGCCGCUGCCGCAGUGUUGAUGACACUGCAAAUUGUGUCUUGCAACUAUGAACCGUAGUACACUGUCAAGGGAACACAUUUUUCUCGAAUGAAGCGGCCGCGUCGUACGUCUCAAGCUAGGGUGCCUCUUUUCAGGGUGGACGACUGAAUGAUUGUGUAAGCGACAUUGAUGUCAGUAUUGUUGUCCUACCAAGCUUGCUUUUUUUUUUAAGAGGAAUUGGUGUUGAAAUUCUUUUUUUUUUCUGUUCCUUUUAUUACUGCAUUCAUUUUUUGUUGCCCAAAGCAUGUUAUGUGCUCACAAUGCCUGCAGUGAAACGUAGUACCGUUAAACAUUAUGUUCAUGAUGUGGUGCAACUAUUACAAUUUUUUUUGGUUCGCAUCGCUAGUUUAAAUUCUCAGAGCUUUUUACCUCAUGUCGCUCUUUCUGUACGGUUGGUGAACGGGAAGGACCUUUUGUACAGGAUCGUGUUUUUGACACAUGUGUAUGGAAUGUACGGCAAAUGGCAAACUUGUUCUUGUUUUGCUUUCUAAAUGUACAGAAUACAUUUGAAGUUUCGACGUGACGACAAUGCAUUUCUUGAUACAAAAAAAGAACAUUAAAGGCUUCUGAAUGAAGCUGUA